GUCCAUAAUCCCAAUAGACACCUGCCUACGUGGCAACUUUAGUCGGACACAAACGAAAAAGUAAAAAUAAAAAAAUAAAAAAAAUCAGAAAACUCUUCACGCACUCACUUCACCGUCGUUGUCAACAUCAUCACCACCGCGCACCUCUGUCGUCGGCGCCUUGCCUCUCCGUGGUAGAGUGAGAGAAUCGAUAUCGGAAGAUUGAGAGAGCUGUGACCGAGACAACGAGAGAAAGAUCGACGGAGCCCGGCGGCGAGAUCCACGACGAGAGAACGGUGGUGUGGGGUCGAAUUACCAUGUCUGCAUUUCAGUCUAUAGUCGCUCCCUCUCAUUCAGUGCCGCUGCACUUCCCUCUCCGUUGUGUCCAAACCGCAGGUUUCGGGGGAAAUAAGCUUCAACUUUCUAGCAUAAGGUUCAGUCCGAAGUAUGAAGUUUCCAGCAAACUUACCAAGUUGGGAAAUGAUUCAUGCUCAUCAAAGGAACUUGAAAAGAUUAAACCUUUGGUUAAGAUGUGCGGCAUUACAUCAGCUAAAGAUGCUGCAUUGGCGGCUGAAGCUGGUGCAAACUUUAUUGGAAUGAUCAUGUGGCCACACUCAAAACGUUCGGUUUCACUUUCUGUUGCUAAGGAGAUAUCAAAAGUUGCAAGAGAUUAUGGAGCAGAGCCUGUCGGAGUAUUUGUGGAUGAUGAUGCAGAAACAAUACUAAGGGCUUCUGAUGCAUCGAAUCUUGAAUUUGUGCAGCUUCAUGGAUCUGGUUCGCGGGCAGCUUUCCCAUCUUUAAUUCAGGAAAAUCGUGUAAUAUAUGUUCUCCAUGCAAAUGCGAAUGGGAGCCUUUUAAACACAAUUCCCGAUGAAGAGUGUUCUCUAGUUGAUUGGGUUCUGGUAGAUAGUGCAAAGGGUGGCAGUGGCGAAGCAUUCGAUUGGGCCCAGUUUAAAUUACCCAAAAUUCGAAGCAAAUAUGGUUGGCUAUUAGCAGGAGGGAUCAAUCCUGAUAAUCUCUGUGCUGCUCUGUCUACUCUCAAACCCGAAGGGGUGGAUGUCAGUAGUGGCAUAUGUGCACCGGAUGGCAUCCAGAAGGAUCAAUCAAGAAUAACUUCCUUCAUGGAUGUAGUACAUUCUGUUCAAUACUGAUGAGUUGCCUUAAAUUAUUAUGAACCUGAAGAAAGGUGAUUUUGUAAUUUUGAAAUAUCCCUUUUUGUUUAUUAAAUCCAUUUGUAUCCCAAAGUUCUCUCUUCCCGAAGGCUGCUUUUUAGGCGUGAGAAUUUUGUAAUGUUGUAUGAUAUAUACUUUAUUUACAAAUUUGAAUAAAAGAUGUUGAUGCUGGUAUAGUGA